AUGGAAACGGUGCCUUCAACUUCCAGUACAUCAAUGGAGACGGAGGAUAUCGUGCCGUCAACGUCUGCAGUACCUUUCGUUGUUCCACACACCACCUCUACCGCCAGAACGAAUGCUGAGCGACAACGUGAGUACAGACUACGAAAAGCAUUGACCAGAACUCCUGAACAAGUAAGAGCCUUUGCAAAAGCGGCUGCGGAGAGGCAACGCAGGUUCAAGCUACGUAAAUCUGCUAACAUAGCCCUCACCAGCGGUACGUCAGAGUCACCUGCUUCAACGUCUUGUUCUGUGGUGGAGAGAACAAGCGUUCCUGUCGUGGCGGAGAGAACGAGCGUUCCCCUAACUAACGCUCAACGGCAACGUGCAUUCCGACAACGUAGAGCAGCAUCUUCUCGGACUGAUGUACAACCGAAUACUUCUUCAAGCCAAACAGCAAUACAACUGGAACAAUCCACCUGGUAUACCAAAUGGUCAUCGUCAAUACGGAGAUUUCAAUCUACUUUCCUGGACAACGAUUUUGGCCAUGCUUGCUCGGUUUGUGACAGAUUGUGGUUCAAGAAUGACCUUAAAACCAUCACUGCACUACAACUGAAGGUAAUCUCGGAUUGGUACGUUAAGGAAAAUCGGCAGCUACGCAAGGAGGAUUAUACAAAGUCUUGCAACACCUGUAGACAAUCACUGAAUAAGCGUAAGCUUCCUACUCUCGCAAAGGUGAACGGCUUCUCAUAUCCUGACAUACCUCCAGGUCUACCGCCUCUGGAUCCUAUCAGUGAACGUUUGGUCUCACCGCGCCUUCCAUUUAUGCAAGUGCGUCGACUGCGUCAUGAUUUCUCUUAUGGAAUUAUUGGACAAGUGAUAAACGUCCCAGUCAACGUACAAGACAUGGUAAAAUGCUUGCCUCGCCAUCUAGAAGAGGACGAUGUUAUCAACGUUAACAUCAAAAGGAAUCUUGCACACAAAACAAAUUACAUCAGCGGGUACAUGUCUAAGCGUACGGUCAAAGAAUGGUUAGAUGUACUUCAAAAUUCAAGUCUAUAUCGUUUGUACGAUAUCAAAAUAGAUUUGUCAAGACUGCAGCCUGCAUUGCCAUCAGAUGAAGGCCUUCAAGAUGAUCCUGCUAAUCGGAUCGAAGCAAUCUCCGCCGAAUAUACGCCCGAGUCUGAAGUUCUUGCUGCGAGACAGCACACACUACUGUGGAAUGAAGAGGAUUGUCUUGACAUCGCACCAGGACAUCGGGCAACGCCUCUUAACAUCAUUUAUGACCGUCAUGCAGAAGAACUAUCAUUUCCUGCGAUAUACUUCGGAGAGCCCCGCCGUUUCAACAUGAACAUUUCAGUGACACCGUACAUGAUGGCGACCAGUGAAAUACGACGGAGUGACAGGCGUGGAGCCACGCCUCAAAAAGUCUUAUACGAUGCAAUGAAGAUUCUACGUCUGCGAAUGGUCGAUGGGAUUUACAGCACAUUCCGAAGUGUUUCGAUCACAGAGAGCGUAACUCGACGCAUGUUAGAGGAUCCGGAGUUUCUCAAAGAAUUCGUUGUGCAGAAUCUCGCCUUUAUGAAGUCGGUGCCAAACUCUGUCCAUGCAAACGAGGUACGCUGGUUAGUAUUGCUGAAUUUACUGCUCAAGUUGAGCAACAAAUAUCCUGGCAAAGUCGCCGAAGAUCUCAACACAUCAGAGCGGUGCAACUUGUCAUACAAUCCGUUUGGCCAGUACUACGUGGAGGAUUAUUUCCUUCGCAUUGAGUUUCAACAUAGAGGAAGUCCGCACGCUCACAUUUUACUGUGGUUACACGAUGAUCCACAUGAGACUGUGUCAGAAAAUAUGCCGAAGACCAUCGAGCUCGUGGAGAAGCUGAGUUCCGUCGCCAAAGAAGAUGUGCCCAACGAUACCAUCUACGCCAAUCAAAUCCACAAGCACACUUUCACCUGCACGAAGCGAGGCGAAACGACUUGUAGAUUUGGGAUCCCGUACUGGCCAAUGCUCACUACCCGUGUAUUGAUCCCAAUGCCUCAAACUGAUGGACGCCGCAUAGCAUUCCAAAAAAAGGCCAAGGAGCUACGCAACUGUCUCAGCGAACGUACAUACGCUAGCAUGGACGACUUUCUUAGGGAGCAUAGUUUGACAUUCGAUGCAUAUCUUGACGUAGUGCGUUCAACUUUGCGCAGGCCAUCUAUGUUGUUCAAACGCAACUUCGACCAACUUAUGACGAACACAUUCAACCCUUACCUCGCUGGUGAAAUCAAAUCCAACAUCGAUAUCCAGUUUAUCUUGGAUGAAUACAGCUGCGCACAGUAUGUCGUGGAAUAUGUGAACAAAUCAGCUCGUGGAAUGGGUAACUUGAAUCGUGAGCUGACUAAGAUGAUGGAAGAGCAUCCUGACCGGGACUACACGGGCCAAUUGAAAGCAUUGAGUGUCAAACUUCUUAAUGCAGUUGAAAUGUCAGCUCAAGAAGCAGCAUGGUAUUUACUACGGCAACCGAUGAGCGAAACGAGCCGUCAAAUUAUGUACAUACCAACAGUUUGGCCAUCGGAAAGACAACGCUGUCGCAAACGUAGGAAACAAAUGGAUCGCGAAAACAUCGAAGCAGACAGUACAGAUGUAUUUACCAAGAACAUCAUGCAGCGAUAUGAAGAGCGACCUCCCUCUCUGGAAUCUUCAUAUUUGGCCGAGUUUGCUUCGUAUUACGCUGAUUAUCAUGAUUUCAUCGACAAUGAAGAUGACGUAGAUGUGCAAGAAGACGAAAUUGUAGAACCGGUGACCGAGGAAAGGACAACUGUGGGAAGGACGACAUCAAAUGAACACCGCAGACGAAAAAUUGGACGAAUAAUACGAUACAGACGCUACGAAGUAGAUGAAACUGUUAAUUAUCAACGUGAAAUGGUAUUGCUGUUCUUGCCUUUCCGCAAUGAAAUAGCUGACAUUGUUGAUAGCAAUAAAUUUCUACAACUGUUCAAUGAUAACAAGGAUACCAUCAUGGAACGCCGCCAGCUGUUCGAAAACAAUCUCAACAUCGACAGUGUGAUGCAAGAGCUUGAAGCUAUGAUUAUUCUACAAAAUUCAGACAGCAGAGAACCACCAGAAAUUGAGGAAAGGAGAGUGUUUGUCGAGCAGGUGUUAGGAGGAGAAGGUUCCGAGAACAACGAUGAUGUCAAUCAAAUCAUCCCGCGACAAGGCUUAUUAUCGGUCGUAAAAAAACGUACAAACGUGAUGCCAAAACAGCAAUUUUGUGAGCUGAUACGAACGACGAACCUUGAACAACGUGAGCUGAUUCAUGAGGUCAUACAUCGUUUACAUGGCUGUGGAGAUGAGGUCGUCGACACACUACAAGUUUUCUUCACAGGACCGGCCGGCUGUGGGAAAACUUAUUCAGUUAAGUGCCUGAUGGAGACGUACAAUCGUUACACACAGGAACACAACUCACUGAACAACGCAUACGUUGCUUGUGCAAGCACAGGCAAAGCAGCUGUCCCUAUUGGCGGAACGACAGUUCACUCAGCGUUUCGUCUCACAAAUUCUCGAGUGACAAAACUUCUUUCUGCUGAGAACUUGCAAGCCUACAGAAACAUGUUUGUCGGCGUGAAAGUUGUUUUCAUUGAUGAAAUCAGCAUGUUGAGUGCAGCUAUACUUGGAAAAAUCAAUUAUCGACUACAGCACAUUACCGGUAUUUACGAUCAACCAUUCGGAGGCAUUCACAUGAUCUUAUGCGGCGAUUUCAGACAGCUGCCACCUGUGCGCGCUAGUCCGUGUUACACAGUACCACACAACCAACUCGGAGGACCUGUACUCUGGCAAAGCAUCAACUACUUCCCAUUAGUCCGUGUUGUCCGACAAACUGACGAGCUGUUUUCGACGAUUCUCACCAAAAUUGGAGAUGGACUCAAACUAAGUGUCAAUAAUAUCGCACUUAUUGAGGCCAGGCACAAAUCUGAAGUCUGGUGCAAAGAGAACGUACCCGACGCUGUCAGAUUGUAUUACAGCAACCAUGAAGUAGAUUCAUACAAUCGAAACGCAAUUCAAAACGCACACAACUGUAUCGCCACUGAUAUUAUGCUUGGGUAUUCCAGCAAUUCUGAAAAGAGCCGGGAGCAAGGGAAACUUCACAAGAUGUCGGUUGCAGAAACCGACGGAUUGCCAUACAUGUUGCCAUUAGCAGUAGGAUAUCCGUACAUGAUUACAUCUAACAUAGACGUCGCCGAUGGAUUGGUAAAUGGGGCUAUUGGAGUUUUGCUAUACAUCGAACGUCAGCCAGCCAAUGCAGAUGACCGUUCUGCUCCAGGAGGACCAUCGACCAGCACAAGUUUGCCGCCAGCUGAAGAUGAAAUCGCCACUCUAUGGUUCCAGUUUGAAGACAAAAAUACGGGUACCAAAGCAAAAAUCAAAUGUCGACCACAUGUGCACAGCAAACCAAACACCUUAUCCGUCGAUUGGGUGCCAGUGCACAAGAAAGUGGUAAACAUUUCGUUGACAAAAACAGUGAAGUGCAAGCGAAAACAAUUUCCUUGCGUGCCUGCUUGUGCAAUUACGAUCCACAAGGCCCAGGGUGGGACGUUUACUACAAUUGUUUACAAGUACUCCUCAAAACAACCACAGCAAUUGGUAUAUGUAGCCAUGAGCCGCGUCACAAGUAUCGACGGAUUGUACAUCAUAACAGAAAAGGACUCUCCAUUGGUUUUCAAACAUGGCCGAGAUGGAAACGACUCACAGACUACUCGAGAUAUUCGCAAUGAAUACUUACGACUUCGUGGACACACUCUAGACACAAUUACCAAACAAGCCGUAAAAUUCUGUGACGACGCAACCGACGCUGGACAACUUAUUGUAACGAACAUCAACUGUCAAAGUUUAAGUGCCCAUGCCACGGACAUUGAAACAGAUACAGUGAUACCACGAUCCGACUAUUUAGUAUUGACUGAAACGUGGAUGCGCGACACUUGUGAAUCAACUCCAAUCAAGGGUUAUGAGUGCGUAUCCAGGGAAAAUAAUCGACCUAACUCAGAUACCAACGCGGCUGGUGGAGUGGCGAUCUAUCGUAAAUUAUCAUCGACAUCUACGGCGGAAGUGGUCCAAGUUGCGAUUACAGACGUAACUCGUGUCAUUAAAACCAAGGGUGACAUGUCCAUGACUAAAGUUACUUGCUUCGCCGCUAAUACUAGCUUCAAGUUUAUACUCGGUGCUGUAUAUAUUCAUCCAGGAGCUAGUAUGCAGGAUAUUGGAAUGUUACUAUGGCAAGGACUCGCUCCGUACAUCGACAACAGCCAGUACGUGCCACCGUUCGUGCAAGUUGAUUCUAGUAUACCGAUUCUUCUGUGUGGUGAUUUUAACAAAAACGUAAAGCCUGACAACUCGUUUCUUAAUUUCAUGAAAAAUACGUAUAAUCUUGAUUGCGUAUCAAACGUUUCUAAGUCAACUACGUUAAAAGGAACAACUAUCGACUUGACUUUCGCAAGACACAUUACAGCAGAAACACUUCCUUUCAUUUCAUAUUUCUCGUAUCAUCGUCCUAUCCUCAACAAAAUCACUCAAAUAGGACAUCCAUAUGCUGGACACACUUCGAGCAGAGUCUGGCCAGAGAUGUAUGAUUUCAAAAAUGUCAUAUUUCUGCCGUUCUUCAACUCACUCCUCUUUGGUCCCGCCAUCAAUAGAUUCCACCAAUCAGAGCCAACUAAAAUUAAUUGUGGUAUGACAUUUUCCCUUCACUGGCUUGGUCUCCGGCACGAGGCAAAACGGAGGGGUACAGUUUGUUUCUGA